AUAUUGAAUUUUACAGGACAGCAGUCUCUGGGUGUGUUUUGAUUCGAGCAGUUGCUUUCUUUUGCUAAAGUUUUUAUAUUUUUUUACUGCAGAACAAUCAUUUGGAAGCUCAUGAGGUAAAGUAACGUUUUUAACUUGAUAAAAGCAACGCACAUUUCAGUGGAAAAUGAAACUGUCAGAAGUCAAAAAACUAAAAGUGGCCAAACUACGAGUCAUGCUCAAAGAGCGAGCACUGGACAUCAAAGGACUGAAGGCAGAACUCGUUGGGCGUUUGAUGUCCGCUUUCGAAGCUGAAUUGCAAGCUCCAGAAUCAAGCGAUCUUGGACAAGACAAGGAAGUCCCUGGUCUUGGAGAAGAGUCGAAGCCACAAGAUGACGAUUCACCCAGAGCAUCCACAGUGUUAGCGAUGGAGAGAGAAGUCCCUCUACCGGGCGAGGAGGCGAAAGCCACUGGACACGAUGGAGACGUUGCAUGCACCGCAAGUUCAGAGAUGAUGGUGAGACCUAGAGCUGAUUGUUCUCCUAUCGGUGCAGACACCGAGGCACCUGCAAUUUCAGCAGCCAAACUUGAUAACACGUCAACAAGUCAGUUGGAAGACGUGUGUGUAAUCAGCACUUUUACCAUGAGCCCGUGUGCAAAAACCACGGCAGACAAAGAAGGGUUGAUGGAGCAGACCUCGUUAAAUCAACAAGUAGAGCAACAGCAACAUGUCACAAGUAUGUUGGUUGUUGGGCAGUCUAAAGAAGAUCAUGCAGGAUCAGCUGUGCAGAACAGAGUUGAGGAGGAGGACAGUGUUUCCAUGGUGGCCCAGAGAGGGAGCAGCACUGCAUCCAGCCUCAGCCUGGGAUCUGUGGCCAGUGACCAGACCAACCAGGACACCGUGUUUCACAUGGACAAAGACGAGGAAAAUAAGGCUGGAGGUGGAGGGGAGAAGCGUGGGGUAAAGAGGCCUGCUCAGGGUGAGAGAACCAGAGGCAGGGCCUACUACGAAUUCAAGGAGGAGAUCCAGUACAACAGGGCCAAAUCCCCACCGCCUCAGCCUGAGAGUAAUGGUGUUGAUGCCGAGGAAGACGGAGGGCGGGUCAGACUAGACUCCUACGGCGGUGACCUGCACUUUGAGGUGGGCCGGGACGGCUGCAGCGGCCAGCCAAGGUUCUGGGAGCGUUGCCCUCUCCUGUGGUCUGGAUGCAGACUGACACACGGAACUCACCAGGGGAGGGUGGGCUUCGAGGCUAUGUUUGAGAAAAAGCUGGUGUCUCCAUCACUGGACUCUGAGGACCCUGAGCACCAUGGUCUGAGACUGGGCUGGUCAGUGGAGCGUUGGAACUCCAACUUGAUGCUCGGUGACGAGGACUUGUCUUACGGUUACGACGCUAGGGGCAGAAAAGUGACGGCUGGGAAAGAGGAGGAGUUUGGAGAGCCCUUUUCAGAGGGCGAUGUCAUUGGCUGUUAUGCUUCUUUCUCUAAGGAGGAAGGAGUUGAGCUCUCCUUCCAUAAGAACGGUCGCCUUAUGGGAAUGGCGUUCCACCUGAGUUCGGCUGCUCUCUGCGGUUCUGUGCUGUACCCCCACGUCCUCUGCAAAAACACCUCUAUCACCCUCAACCUGGACCCCACGUCUCCCCCCUGGUACCCCAGCCCUGCAGGGUACACCCCCCUCUCCUCCCUGCCUGCUGGACAAAGGCUCAGUGCCCCAACCCCACCAACCUCCAAACUGCAGUGUGAGGUGUUGAUGAUGGUGGGUCUGCCAGGGGCAGGUAAGACCCACUGGGCCAGGGCUCACAUGAAGCAAUACCCAGAGAAGAGAUACACCCUGCUGGGCACCGCAGGCCUCCUACCCUGCAUGAAGGGGCAGGGUCGUAGAGAGAGCAGGCUGCAGCAGGCCUCUCAGUGUCUCAGUGAGCUGAUCAAGGUGGCGGCUCAAACUCCACGCAACUACAUCCUGGACCAGCCCAACGUCCACCCCUCAGCUCAGCGCCAGAGGCUGCUGUGGUUCGCGGGUUUCAGGCGGAGGGCGGUGGUGGUGUUCCCAUCUAAAGAGGAGUGGAAGAGGCGUCUGCAGGAGCAACAGGAGGAGGAGGGGGACAAGAUCCCUGAAACGGAUCUCCACAAGGUCAAAGUGAGCUGCACUCUGCCGGAGCAGGGAGACCUGCUGGAGAAGGUGCUGUUUGUGGAGCUAGCCAGAGAGGAAGCACAGGCUCUCUUGGAGGGGUACAAAAAAGAGUCAAAAAGCCUGCUCCCCCCUGUCCCCUCCGCCCCCAAACAACGGAAGAAACCCCGCGUCCGAUACAAUAACCCCCAUAGCCUCGGACUUCAGUCUUAUCACCUUAACAAGACCAGAUUUGGAAGGAUGGCCACGCAAGACUAUAACCCCACUAAACCCCUCAUCAAGGGCCGGAUGGACAGGGGGUACAAUCCAGUGGCGGCUGGUGACUUGAGAGGUUGGGACCGCACAUGGUUCAACCAGGAGCAGCCAUACCCAUAUGGUCAUCAGCAGUACUGGACACCACAGCAGCUCAGAUAUUGGAAUCAGAGUUACCAAGACCAGGACUAUUACAGCAACGAGAAUCAGGUUUACCAAGACCAGGACUACUAUGGUAACAGGAACUACACUUAUGAUAGUUACCGUUACCAGGGUUACUGUUAAACAUCUAAAGAGAUCAGCAAAUUCUGCAGGUGGUUUUUAUAAAGAUUUAUUAUACAGGUUAUAUCUUACAUUAUCUUACAGCAUUUUUAUGCAAAGUUGGGAAAUAUUGUGCCUCCACCAGGUGCCUAAGUGUCAAACAUUAAGCAACGUUUGUAUGGAGUUAUCUUUUUCUGAAAUACUGCUGGAACUUUAUAUUCAGGGAAUGUUUCCUCAGACAUUUUCAUAGCGGGGGUCUUAAAACUUUCUACAAAAGUAUUGUCUCUUAAAGCAACAACAACAUUAAAUCGCUGCUUUUUCGUUGAA